AUGGCACAUCGUCGCUCCAAGUUCCGCAUUGAGCUCCCUGGUAACCCAGUUCUCGACGAUGGCAAGUCUGACAACCAGAACCACGCGAUCAUCUUCUAUUGUGGUGAAUACCUGCAGCUCAUCGAUGCCAACCCGGACAACUACUUGGAGGAGUGUCUGAAGAUCCGCAAUGUGCUUGGCGAGUUCGAAGAGUACGCCGUCUCCUGCCAGAGCCUUUACGCUCAGUGGGGUCACAAGGAAUUCAAGAAGAACCCCGUCACUUUUGUUGGUGCGCAUGAGUACAUCUUCUCCAAGAACAUCGGUAUCCUGGAUGAUUUGGCGGCUGGCAAGGAACAGACAUUUGGUACGCUCACGGCACGCUCACUGGCAUGGAUUGGAGCCAAGCUUCACUAUGGCCACCCCGAUUUCCUCAACGCGAUAGACAUGAACACGCGCGGUGGUGUCUCCAAGGCGCAGAAGGGUCUGCACUUGAACGAGGAUAUCUAUGCUGGUAUGACCGCGUUUGGCCGCGGUGGACGAAUUAAACAUAUGGAGUACUAUCAGUGCGGAAAAGGUCGCGACCUUGGCUUCAGCACCAUUCUGAACUUUCAGACGAAGAUCGGUACCGGUAUGGGCGAACAGAUGCUCAGUCGCGAGUACUACUACCUCGGGACUCAGCUCUCUAUCGACCGCUUCCUCACGUUCUACUACGGCCACCCCGGUUUCCACAUCCAUAACAUGCUCAUCAUCCUCUCGGUGCAGACAUCAGGAAAAACCUCCCGAGGUAAUAAUCUCAGAUUCUGCAUAAUGCCGGCAACAUCAGCCAAUUUCUGCCUAACGGUAAAUAAUCGUGCUUAUUCUGCCUCAUUCUGGUGA